AUACUGGUUAUUCCACCGUUGGACAAGGAUAUCAAAGAUUACUUGGACGCUGAAUUGUUCAAAAAGUUCCGUGAUGAAGUGAUGCUGAUUGAGCUGCCGGCGUAUCCGAAUAAGGACAGGAAAGGCAACUGUGGGAUGUAUACCGCCAUAUUAACCACUGACAGAUUUUCAGGAAUUACUGUUAGUUACAGAUAUGUUUAUGUGCCGGUAUUUGGGAAUGACCCGAACAACUGGAAACGCGGCCACUCGACAAUGAUGGACAAGAUGAUCAUUCACAUGAUCGAAGUACGCUUUCUUAAUUUCUAA